AUGCCACCACCAUCUGGUUUUGUACAUGAUCCUCUUCUUUUGCCACGAAUUCAAGAACAUUGUCGACAUUUUCCCGGAAUCAAAAGUUUUCGACCUGACACUGUUGCUUUUGAUUUACAGCAAAAAUAUCCGUGAGUUUUUUCUCAAUAUUUGUCUAGAAGUUGGCUGAUGUUUUUUCCAAUGAAUUCAUGUUUCAGAGAGUAUAAAAGACAGAAGUUCAAAAUUCUCGUAAUGAUGGUUAGAGUUGCUUUGGAGAAAAUACAAAUUCAACAAUUUGGAGCCGAAGAAGAAAAUGAGGUGUUGGAAACAGAAGAAAAGGAGACAAAAAUAGAAACUGGAAGAGGAGAAAUUGAAGAUGCAAUGGAUGAUGUGCAAGAAAUAAUGCAAGAGCCGAGAAGAAUUGAGACAAGAAAAAGAAAAGCGGCACCGAAUAUAUCGAAAAAACCGCCAAUUGCAAAAGAGAUAUUAGUUUCAAGCGAUGAUGAAAAUGAUCAUGAAAAAGAAGCACAACGAGUUGAAGCAUUGAAAAAGAAUAAUCGAGCAAAUAAAUCGCUUCUCAAUUUAUAUUCAAAUUCUACUCCAACUCCAAAAACUCCUGUUCAACAACCCAAACAAUCAGUUAGAAAAGCAGGCCCUCCACAAAAUGGCCCAAAAGAACUUCCACGUGGACUCGGAGCAGUUACUGAUAUGAAUUUGGUUCCAAGAGAAUCAAAUGUUCGUUUCAAAGAUAUUGGAGGAUGCGAUAAACAGUUCUUAGAAGUUUGUCGACUUGCAAUGCAUCUCAAACGACCAAAAACAUUCAAUUUAUUGGGAGUAGAUCCGCCGCGUGGUUUCAUUGUUCAUGGUCCUCCGGGAUGUGGCAAAACAUUAUUUGCACAAGCUGUUGCUGGAGAAUUGGGAAUUCCAAUGGUUCAAUUAGCUGCAACUGAAUUGGUAUCUGGAGUUUCUGGAGAAACUGAAGAGAAAAUUCGAAGACUUUUUGAUAGCGCAAAACAGCACGCACCAUGCAUAUUGGUAUGUUUUAUCUUCCUAAAAAUCAGAAGAACGAGUAAAAACAUUUUCAGAUUCUUGAUGAUAUCGAUGCAAUUGCUCCUCGUCGUGAAACUGCUCAACGAGAAAUGGAAAGAAGAGUUGUUAGUCAAUUAUGUUCUUCAUUAGAUGGUAAUAUUGAUAUUUUGGGAAAAUAUACAAAUUAUCGUAUUUUUCAGAACUCGUGUUGCCUCCUCGCGAAAAGCCAUUGAAAGAUCAACUAAAGUUUGGUGAUGAUGGAAAUGUUUCGGUGGAAAAUCCAGAACCAUGCUCAUCAACACCAAAUGGAGUUCUUGUUAUUGGAACCACAUCUCGACCGGAAGCUGUUGAUGGCGGACUUCGAAGAGCUGGACGAUUUGAAAACGAAAUAUCACUUGGAAUUCCUGAUGAAAGUGCAAGAAUGAAAAUUCUCGAAAAGAUUUGUCGAGUAAAUUUGGCGGAAGAUGUAAAUCUGAAACAAAUUGCUCGACUUACACCAGGAUAUGUUGGAGCUGAUUUACAAGCGUUGAUUCGGGAAGCAGCGAAAGUUGCGAUUGAUCGAGUUUUUGAUACGAUUGUUGCCAAAAAUGAUGGACAAAAAAGUUUGACAGUUGAACAAGUCAAUGAGGAAUUGGAAAGAGGUAAGCUUCUGAAUUUCAGAUUUACAAAAUCUUAUCAUUCAAUAUUUUCAGUUCUUGCUUGGUUACAAGGAGAAGACGAUCCAACAACACUUUCUGAACUUUCUGGUGGACUUCAAAUUUCAUUUGAGGAUUUCGAAAGAGCUCUCGAAAAAAUCCAACCAGCUGCAAAACGAGAAGGUUUUGCAACAGUUCCAAAUGUUAGCUGGGAAGAUAUUGGAGCACUCGGAGAUGUUCGAAAGCAAUUAGAAUGGAGUAUUUUAUAUCCAAUUAAACGAGUCGAUGAUUUUGCUGCGCUUGGAAUUGAUAGUCGACCACAAGGUAUUUUAUUAUGUGGUCCGCCUGGUUGCGGUAAAACAUUGCUAGCAAAAGCGGUUGCAAACGAAACUGGAAUGAAUUUUAUCAGUGUAAAAGGACCAGAAUUAUUGAAUAUGUAUGUUGGAGAAAGUGAAAGAGCUGUUCGAACAGUAUUCCAAAGAGCAAGAGAUUCCCAACCAUGUGUCAUUUUCUUUGAUGAAAUCGAUGCGUUGUGUCCGAAAAGAUCGCAUAAUGAAACAUCUGGAGGAGCAAGACUUGUGAAUCAGUUAUUGACUGAAAUGGAUGGAGUUGAAGGUAGACAGAAAGUAUUUUUGAUUGGUGCAACAAAUCGACCGGAUAUUGUUGAUGCUGCGAUUCUUCGUCCAGGAAGACUUGAUAAGAUUUUAUUUGUUGAUUUUCCAUCAGUCGAGGAUCGGGCUGAUAUUUUGAGAAAAAGUACAAAGGUAAUUUUUAAUAUUUGGGAUGGGUUUACAACCAGAAAAAAGUGAGAAUUUUAAAGACACACAAUCCACUAGAAAUGAACAGAAAAUGAGUUUGUUAUUCUUUCAUAACACCUUUCAAGUAAUCGGAAUUCAUAAAAAUCAAGUAAAAAUUUUGAGUCUGGCAAAAGUGAAAAAAACAAAAAUAAUUGUUUUUGAAAUCGCUCAGCCGACGGGAUUUUCGAAAUAGUUUGCACACAACGAAGCAAUAGAGCGCACAUGCUGUUUUUGUCAUUUGAAAAUAAAUGCGGGAAAUCUGUUUUUCUAAUGGCUGAUGUGUCUUCAAUACCAAAAUCCGUUUGAAAGUUAAACCGUAGCUAAAAGUGUUUCCGUAUUCUAAAUAUCAUACCAAAUUUUUUGAACGAAAAAAAGGACCAUAAAAAUUUGAUUGAAUUUUCUUAUGGAAUUUUUGAAACCAGUUGAUUCCUUAUUUUUCCAGAAUGGAACACGUCCAAUGCUCGAUAAAGAUGUCAACUUUGAUGAAAUUGCAAAAUUACCGGAACUCAAUGGAUUCACGUAAGUAUUUUCUUCAAUUGCUCCAAAUAUCUUCACUUGGUUAUAUUUUUCAGUGGUGCUGAUUUGACUGCAUUGAUCCACGAAUCAUCACUUUUAGCACUUCAAGCAAGAGUUCUUCAAAAUGAUGAUAGCAUAACUGGUGUAAAUAUGAGUCAUUUUAUCGAAGCCGCCAGUCGAAUACGCCCUUCUGUUACUGAAUCAGAUCGAAAAAAAUACGAGCAUAUGAAAGUUGUUUACGGUUUGAAAAAAGUUGAGACAAAAUAG